AGUUUGAGGUCAAAUGUGUUUUUGUUCGUCUCGCGCAUUGGAAGUAACGUUAGCCAGCCAGUUACUUUGAACAAUAAAUGGUCGUUUCUGUAUUGGAAAUAAAAUGGACUGUCAACACAAUAAAUAAACCGAUUGCCAGAAUUUUGGAGACGUUUAUCAUAGGGUGAUGGAGGAAUUAGCCUCAGCCCUCUCGAAAGAAGGCUGGUACCUUUCUGAUGAAGGUAUAAAAGAAUGUGAGGGAUCCACAGACAAAGCCUCAGCCAGUGACAUCAUUCGCAUUGCACUCAAUAGUGACCUGCGACCCAUCGGAAAGAGCUUUCUGCCAACGGAUGUCAACAGCGGAAGAGUAGAAAAGAUUGAGGGACCAUGUGUUCUCCAGGUCCAGAAGAUCAGGAAUGUGGCAGCCCCCAAAGAUCACGAGGAAUCCCAGGGUGCCCCCAGGAUGCUUCGAGUCCAGAUGACAGACGGACACAUCAACUGCACAGGCAUCGAGUUCAAACACCUGUCCAAGAUCAGUUUGAACACGCCACCAGGGACCAAAGUGAAGUUGCUGGGUUCACUGUCUGUGAAGAACGGCUUCUUGCUGCUGGAUGACUCCAAGGUGUCUGUGCUGGGAGGAGAGGUCGAGCACAUGAUUGAGAAGUGGGAACUGCAGAGGAGCCUGGCUAAACACAAUCGGAGUCAUAUUGGAGCUGAGGGUGGACCACCUCCUUUUGUGCCCUUCGGACAGAAGUGUGUGCGUAAGGAGGAAGUGGACAGUCGUGAGCUGGACCAGAGGAAGACACUGAAGACAACUGAAGUUGCAAAAGGAGCAGACGAGAACGACGAGUUCGAGAAGCAAAGGAUUGCGGCUAUCGCAGAGAUUGCAAAGAGCAAAGAGACGCGCACUUUUGGUGGAGGCGGCAAUGCGGGGACCAACCUGACCAACCCCAGCUCAACCUAUAGGAACAGGGACAGGGACAACUACCAGAGGAGGCGAGAGGAGCGUGAGAGGAGCUCCACAGAGAGUAGGCCGGAGGGGAUGUACAGAGAUCUGGUUGACGAGCGAGCCCUGAGGGACAUCAUGGAGAUGGGCUUCAAUAAGGAGGCCGCCCGGCAGGCCUUGCUGGACAACAACAACCACCUGGAGGUGGCGCUGAACUCCUUGCUGACUGGUGCCACCCAACACAAAGCUCCCCCGCCAGAGCACAGCCGACCCCCACCCAGAGGGAAAGGCCGGGGGCGGGGUAGGUCCAGAACAGAUGAGGAUGAGGAGGGCGGAGGAAGGCCCUCAGGACCGAGUACACUUUUCGACUUCCUGGAGUCCAAGAUGGGGGCAUUCUCCAUUGAUGACACGAAGAGCCAGAGACAGCCCCUGGAGAGGCACCAGUCGGAGCACCCCCACAGGAUGAGCUUCCCCAGCUCUGAUGGCUUCCACAGGGAAGCCCCCCAUUUCCGGAACCCUUCGCGUAAUGAGGGGAGAGGCCAGAGGAACGACCGACCCCCACGCUUCCUGAGGGACACUGACUUCCCCAAACCUGGCGCCGACGCCUUCACCCCACCGCCCCCCUCCUCUGGCCCCCCCCAGUCCCAGAAGGGAGGGGGGUCAGAGAGUGGCGGGAGGGGAGGGCAAGACCGCCGGCAGGAUGACCGGCGCGAGGGAAGGAGCAAUGGCACGUCAAAUUCUCUGCCCGCGUCGGUCUCCACUCCCUCAUUCUCCUCGUUCCCAACGUCCUCCAAUCAGCGGUCAAGGGAACAUCACCACGGCGCGACUAGAGGCCUCCAGCAGGAUGUCAGGGAUCACCAUCAGGGACCCCGCGACAACACACACUCUGGCGGCCAUCAGCAAGGGUCACGGGACCAUGGCAGCGGGCAGCGUGGCCAGCAGCAGGGUCCGGAUUCUCAGAACCAGAGAAAAGGGCUGCUAAACGGGCCUGGACCCAAACCCUUUGAGUCGACGGACCCAGCAUUGGGCCCAGCAGCAUCGGCAGACCCCAGAGGGCGGUCAGAGCCCAACAACCGAAGGAAGGGAAACCGGACUGACCGGCCCGGCUCGGUCCACUACGACCGCAGUUUGGAAGGCGGAGGAAAUCUAAACUCUGGCCCCUCGUUGACGGAGGAGCGGGGUGGAGACAGACCACCAGGGGGAGGAAGGGUGGGUGGAGACACACACCUUCAAAAUGGCGACUCGGAUCACAGGCGAACAGGUCCUAUCAAGCAGCAGCAGCAACAGCAACAACCCCAGAAGAACACCACAUUUCACAACUCACAGCAUUACUCAAAAAAGAGGACCGGAUCAAUCAAGAAUCCCAGAGGGUCAGAGCCAGGUCACCCCCCAGACAUAGGGGGCCACGGUGCCUGGAGACCGGGAGACCAGUGCCUGGCACUUUACUGGGAGGACAACAAGUUCUACAGGGCGCGUGUCGAUGCCGUGCAUCCCUCUGGCUCCACCGCUGUGGUGGUAUUCAGCGACUACGGCAACUGUGAGGAGGUACUCCUCAGCAACAUCAAGCCUGUGCACAUGGAUAUGUGGGACGAAGAGGACGUUUACUUUGAGAAUUCGGUGGAGUAUCGGCGAGGGGGAGACGGUCAGCCGAGGCGCACGCGGCCCACACAGCAGUAUUACCAACCGCCCCGCGCCCGGGACUGAGCAGCUACACACAUAAACACAUCACACACGCACCUGCGCAGAAAACAAGCAGGAACUGACAGCCGAGGAAAGAUCAUCUGAUGGGCCCUGGAGGCGAUAACUAGACAUCUCCACCAUUUUUCCCCCCUUCCUCCACUUUUCUGGUAUGAAGUAUCUAGUGUGAAAAGGGAAGAACCAUUCAAGGGCUUGCAACACAAGUUGCAAUAAAUGAAGUUUAAAACAAAAAAAAUCCAAUAAUUUAUGAUGCAAGCAAAAGGUCUUACUGUAUGUAGUGAAGAUUUGUAAAAUACUUGAUUAUGAUAAUUAAUAAAAACUCACUCUUUGCGU